AUGGCAUUCCAUGAAUACUUCAGAGAGAACUGGGUAUGGGACAGCAACUCCAAACCCCUAGAGGUUGAGCUGUCUUCUGAUCUAGAGGAAGCAUACUUUUACAUUGAUCCAGUGAUAGAAAGCACUGGAACUGUUGCUGUGCGAGGAAACAAAGGCUUCACUGAUGGAGAGCAUUACUGGGAGAUCAUCUUUCUGGAAGCUCCAAUUGGGUCCUCUGUAAUGAUUGGGGUAGGAACUAUCAAAGCUCAGCUCCGAUCGAACCUCUAUCAGUAUAUCAAUCUUAUUGGUCAAGACAAGCAGAGCUGGGGUCUGUCAUACAAAGGCAAGAUCUGGCACAAUGGCAUCUGCAAGAACUAUUGUGAGCCUUUUUACAAAUCUGGCACUGUCAUUGGGGUCCAUCUAAAUUUGUACAAGAACACUUUGACGUUUUACAAGAAUGGGGUCAGCCUCGGAGAGGCUUUCACUGGACUGUACACAUUCUCUGAACCUUUGUACCCCAUUAUCAGCUCAACGGCCACAGACACAGAGCUGGCACUUGGUGUCCGGACAUGUAGAUAUUUGUCACUUCAGGAGAAGUGUUUUUCCAGAGUUCGCAGCAGUCUUAGCAAUAUUGAUAGUGUGGAUAGUCUUCCUUUGCCUAGACUCUUUAUAAACCAUCUCCGAGAACUGUAG